UUGAUUUAACAUAAGUGAACUUCUUCCCGAUCGUACCCAACGGCCGCACCUUCCCAAAUCGUUUUUCUCAUCUGCUGCCGCCGGUGCGCUUUUUUUGUUUUAGUUUUUGUCUUAUUGACUCCAUCGCCGCCCGUUGCAGUCGCUUUCACCGUCCGCCACACAGCCCUCGCCUUCUUCUAUUUUUUCCCUCAAACCCUCUCCAACGAGUCGAGUCGGAUCCGGGUAAAUACGAAUCCGUACAAGUUUGGCUCCGGUCGAUUCAGUGAAAUUUUGAGCCGGGAAUUCUCUGCUUGCUCGCCACCGUUGGUCGACUGAGGAAAGUGAUCAGGUUUCUUGCUGGUGUUUAUUGCUAUUUGACGAUCUGUAGAACCGCUUCAUAUUGCGACCUGGUUACUGUAUAAACACCUGCUUCAUCAGCUGCUCAGCACUGUUUGCUACAAGAAGAAGGAUUUGGGAUGGCUGGAAGACUGAGCAAUGAAGUCUCCAGGGUCUCGGGUGCAAAUGGCGUAGCUCACUCCCUCAUGUUGUCUCUCCGGCAGCGCUCUGGCAUGGGUCUUCCAAUUGGAAAACACUUUGUACCUGACAAAUAUGUUGGAAGGGGUUGGAGAGCACGGGUGAAUGCUCGCCGAGGUGAAAAUGCAUUCAGAGUGGAGAAAUACCUAAAAAGAAUUGGUUUAGGCAAAGAAGAUUAUCAUUUCUGGAAGCAAAUUGGCAAAGGAUUGAUAUGCACAUACACACUUUUUGGGUUGGCAUGGUUGUGGAAUGAGACAUCCCCGCUUGGUUGGUGGACAUUGAAGCCGAAGCCCAAGGAGGAGAAAGAGCUUGCUCAUCUCUAUGAGCGCCGGCAGUUUCCCUACCCGGGUGACCAGGAAGCCAUGGAUGAGUUCAUUGCUAAAGGCGGGAUGAUUGGCACUGUAAUCGGGCCAAAAGGAUUCGUCGAAAAUGACAAAGAUUUUUACAAUUUUGAGAAAGAACUGCAGGACAAGAAGUUUGAACAAGAGGCUUUGAAAUUGUGGCUUAGGAUGAAAAAUGAGGUUGUCUCCGAGCUUCAAGAAAAAGGCUUUGAUGUAGAGUAACUUGUACUAAGACUGCCCCUGCAAUGAAUUAUGUUUUUCCUAUAGG